AUGGACAUCGCCGAGCUCGAGCGGAGAAUGACGUUGCUCUGGUGGAUGGUCAAUUACGUCACUAUGCGAAUAGGGUGUUCAAUCGCGAUGAGAAAACGUCCAGAAGGCCCCCCACUGUUUGACCCCACUGCCGCCAGGCGCAGGCGCCGAACGGACGAGAAACGGAAUGGGAAGGUGCCUCUCAGCACGCUUCUACGACAUAUUACGCAUAUGCCCGACGGGAAGGCAGGAACGAAGCACUAA